AAUCUUACCUACUGGAUAGCAGGCUAGGAGCACAUUUUGGAAGUCAUACCACUAGAGGGACACCGAUUCCGUAGGAACGGAGCAAUGCUCUCCAGAUCCUCUAGAGCUCUGAAUAACGGUGCGUCGACAGCUCCCCAUGUCAAAUUCCUUGGCUUCCAGCUAAACAUUAAGGAGAACAGCUGGAAGAUUGUUUGACAAUAAGGAGAAGGCAGAAAAGGAAUCAACGCCAAUCACAUCGGCUGAGAUUGCUUUCUCCCGGGUGGCCAGAGGCCAGAAUGCUGGCCGGACAUGGACGUCCCAGAGUACCUGGAUCUGGACGAGAUUGACUUCAGUGAUGACUUAGCUUACUCCGCCAAAAGCAUUCCAGAGCUGUGCAGAAGGACAGAAGGACAGAAUGAAGAAAGACAAGCUCCAGCCAUCAAUUGGAGCCGAGGUGUACCGCACAAUGGGGCUGGUGUCAAACCUACAGGUAUUGCCGACGUCUACAGCAAGUUCCGGCCGGUCAAGCGAGUGUCGCCACUCAAACACCAGCCCGAGGUGCCGGACAGCGAGGCGGACGGCAAGGUUUUGACGCAGAAUGGCGAGCGGAGCAAAGACGAGGGAAACGUGGCCAAAGUGGGCCAGGUGGCCGGGGGGGCGCCAUCUGCCUCCGAGCCCCAGGGUGUGAAGCCCCGCAUGGGCGUGAACGCAGGGGCCCUGCUGGGAGAGCUGGAGCAUUAUGACCUGGAUAUGGAUGAGAUCCUGGACGUGCCCUACAUCAAGUCCAGCCAGCAGAUGGCGACUCUGCCCAGGGUGGGCUCCGAUCGCAGGGCCCUGGGCGGCUCGGGGUCUGUGGGGGGCGCCGGGGGCAGCGGUGGCAGCAGCACCAGCGAGAGGAGCCACGGCCUGAGCCGCACCUCCACCCUGCCCCACAGCGACAGCGCCGCAGCAGGGCCGCAGCUCUGCGUCCUCUCCCCCGUCAAGUGGCCCGACAUGCGCAAGUCCAAAUCCCUGGAGCCCGACUUCCUGCGCUCGCCUACGGGCGCCUUCCAGCCCGUGUGCCCCUCCGCUGCCACGGCUCUGCACUGCACCUCCACACCUGACGGGGGCGCUCUGGCAGUAAGCAGACCAUAUCCCGACAUGCAGGCCCUGAAAGCAGGGUCAGAUGUAUCAGGGAGCCAGUCCAUGUUCCCCCUGCAAGGUGGCACCACGGGCAGGCAGGAAGCUGGGAAGGCCUGGGGGGGCUCCAGGGGCUUUGGAGAAUGUGACGACGAGGCCAAGAAGAGCCAGAACAUCAUCAACAUUGUCCGCGAGGGACAGAUCUCACUGCUGCCUCACCUUGCAGCGGACAACCUGGAGCUGAUCCGGGACGAGGAGGGCAGCAACCUGCUGCACGUGUCCGCCUCGCACGGCCACGCCGACUGCCUGCAGCACCUCACCUCGCUGAUGGGGGAGGACUGCCUGACGGAGCGCAACCUGGAGCAGCUGACCCCGGCGGGCCUGGCCGUGCGGAAUGGGCACCUGGAGUGUGUGCGCUGGAUGGUGAGUGAGACGGAGGCCAUUGCUGAGCUGAGCUGCACACGGGAGCACCCCAGCCUUAUCCACUAUGCAGCCCGCUAUGGACAGGAGCGCAUCCUGCUGUGGCUGCUGCAGUUCAUGCAGGAGCAGGGCAUCUCCCUGGACGAGCUGGACCAGCAGGGGAACAGCGCCGUGCACGUGGCCGCUCAGCACGGACACCUGGGCUGCAUCCAGACGCUGGUGGAGUAUGGCUCAAAUGUCACAGUGCACAAUCAGCAGGGCGAGCGGCCUUCCCAGAGUGCCGAGCGGCAGGGCCACACCACCUGUUCCCGCUACCUCGUUGUCGUGGAGACGUGCAUGUCGCUAGCCUCUCAGGUGGUGAAGCUCACCAAGCAGCUCCAUGAGCAAACCACAGCCAGAGUGGCCUUACAGAACCAGCUGCAGCUCCUCCUGCAGCCAGCAGAGGCAGACGGCUCUCACGCAUCUCAGCCCCUCUCCCCGAGUCACCUGAUCCCCCUGGCGGACUCCUGGCCUGAGAUGACCCUGACGGCGGAGGUGUCUGGGGGAGAUGGCCAGUGGGUGCUGAGGCAGCGCGGGGCCGAGUCAGAGACCAUGAUCCGGAAGCUCCUCAGCGGCGAGCAGGCGGGGGCGGGGGCGGCGGGCGAGGGGGGGGCCCAGAGGCGUCUGGGGGUGGCGGAGCGGCGCGAGCUCAAGCUGGCGCGCCUCAAGCAGCUGAUGCAGCGCUCCCUCAGCGAGUCCGACUCGGACGCCUACCCGCCCGAGGACGCCAAGCACGCUGCCGGGACCGCCCCUGGGACCGCCCCCAGGCCUGAGCGGCCCAAUCAGCUGCCCGUCGUCGCGGGCGACGAGCUGCCGCCGCCCCCCGGGGCCCCUAGCGGGCUGUACACGCUGACGAAGAAGCACCAUCCUCAUCCUCACCUGGCUCAGGGCUCCACCGCCGAGCGCAAGCUCUCCUUGGCGCUCAGGACUUCGCGCUCGGUGGACGGGCCUGACCCCUCGCCCACGUCCGAUCCCAGCGAGGCCGACGCCGAGGCCAGCACAGACGCGGCGGGUCAGAAGGUCACCACCAGCCCCAAGAGCGCGCUCAAGUCGCCCUCGUCCCGCCGCAAGACCGCCCAGAACUUGAAGCUGCGCGUCACCUUCGACGAGCCCGUCGUCCACAAGGAGGCGCCCGAGGGCGAGGCCCGAGCGGCCGGCGGGGAGAAAGCCGCCACCGGGAGCAGCAGCAGCGGCAGCGGCGGCGGUCGCAGCUCGGAAUCUGGCGAGACGUGGAAGAGGCCUUUCGGGACGUUCCGCUCCAUCAUGGAGACGCUGAGCGGUAACCAGAACAGCAACAACAACAACGGCCAGUCCAGCGCCGGCUCGCCACAGGGGCCCACGGGCAGGAAAACAGACAGCAAAGCCGGGGCCUCGGGCCUGCCCAAGGGCCGCAACAAGCCCAGCGCCGUCUAAGUGCCUUCCCCUGGCCAGCAGGAGCCGCUCAGCAGCAGGCCUCUCCAGGGCCCCUGUGGCUCAGACACGCAGGUGAAGCACAGGGAGCACAGAGCCUGGAGCUGCAGGCCUCACACUUGGGCCACAUGGGACACAAGUGGCAUCCACAAGAACAGCAGUAAAGACAAAUGUUGAAAUAAGAUUUGAGCAGAAGGUCAAUAUCACAUGCUUUUGGACAAUGAUUCCUUUUACAACCACAAUUCAAAGAGUAAUCAGGACCUUUUAGAUUUUUUUUUUUUUAGUAACGCACUUAUUUAUAAUUUUAAUGUCAAACAAAUAUGCUUUUAGGAAGCACUCAAAAUAUAUAUUAGCACAAAACUGUAAUCAGUGUCACUGUAUAUAACAAAAAAAAACAUUUUGUAUAUCUAUGAUUGGUUUAUUUUGUCAAAAACAUUUAUUGAAGCAUUUACCAUGAACCCUUCAACAACAGUCAAGAAUGACUAAACUGCAAAAAGUCGAUGUGUUGUAUUGUGGUUUCUUCCCUAUCAUUCCAUGUUUGAACAAUCCUACGGAUAAUCUUCCAGUAUCAAUUUUACUUUCUUGAAAAAUGGAUGACAUGAACAAUAAAUGAUGUCUCUUGUAA